AUGAAUCAAAGACGAAUCUUGCUGGCUCUCUUGCAGAACAAGAAGGUUUCAUCACAUUCAUCUCUAUUAACAACAACAAUUCAAAAACGUUUUGUUUCAAGCGGUUCCGAUCGUUCUCCUCUUGAAACUGCUCCGGGACAUGUGAAACGUACAACUGUUGAUUUGAGUAGAAAGCAACCCGAAUACGAAUUGCCAUACGAUGGCCCACAACAAUACAAUAUCAACACUUCUGGAUUUGAUGAUACAUAUGAUGUUUGGUGGGAUGAUGGUGCUGGACAAAAGCAAUGGGCCUAUAAAGAUACUUACCCAACAUUAUCAACAAAAGAUGUUCUUUUGAGCACUAUUUACCUUGUUGGUUGGGCACUUGCUUUGUGGGCUGCCUAUAGACAUCUCUUCCAACCAACCCUUGCGAUGCAUCCUGCUACAUUGGUUGCUUUAACCCCUGGCCAAAAAGAGAAAGCAAAGGAGCUCCGUGAAAAAAGACUUGAAGAAAUGGAAAAGUAUGGAAUUGAACAAUAA